UCUCUCAUUCUUUCACAAAAGUAAACCUUCGAUCCGAGCUUUCGAUCCCAUCGUCCUCUCCGAUUCAUAGUUUUUUUUUGUUCUCAGGAGUUAAAAAAAAAAAAGUUUGCAACUUUUCGAAAAGUUCGAAGCUUUCUUUUAUGUCUGACAAGAUAUCACCCUAUUGCUAUUAUCUAUCUGGUUGCUUGGAGAAGUCUAUCAUCCUACACCCAGAGCUAAGAGUCACCACCACACGCUUCUUCAAACCCGAUACUCCUCCUUUUAAAACUUUUUAAAACUUCUUCAAAAACUAUUUUAAAACUUUUAUAUCAAUUUUCUAUUAUGUUAUGGCAUCAAAAAAAAUUUAAAUAUCUAAAAAGAAACUAAUAAGAAGUAAAAGAAAAAAAAGGAUCAGAAGUAAGAAAGUAAAAAAUAAGAAAAGGACCAAAAGUGUAAAACGUAAGAGUUAAGAAAAGACGGAGAUGGGGGAGGAGGAGAUGAUGUGCACGUAAUCGAAUUCGUCGGAAAAAGUCAUCGCGACUUUUACUUUCCUUUCUCCUUCCUCUUUUGUAAAAGCCCUCCACGCAAUGACGCUAACUCUUCCUCCUCGCUUCUCAAAUCUUCCCGCUUCCUCCUCAAUCGUACUUCGGACGCUACCUUUCUCCGUCGACUUCCCCGUCAAAUCCACCGUCCGAUUUUCCCCGAUCGUCUCCCAUCGCUAGUAACUAACUCUCAUUUUCAAGUGAUUCGUUGUGUAGCUAUUAGCUCGAACUUUAGAUUUGGCUGUGUGUUGAUUAGGAAGAUAUUGUGGAAUCAACAGAUUUGAUUGCGUAGGAGGGAUUUAAGUUUGUAAAAUCAAACGUACAUCGGACGCUACCUUUCUCGACGGCGAAACCCUCCCCGUCGAAUCCAACGUCUGAUUCUCCCCGAUCGUCUCCCAUUGCUGAUUUGAUCGCGUCGGCGGUGGCGAAGGGAUAGAUGGAGAGAUAUAGUAAAUGCGCUGUUUGCUACUCUUCGUUUCAUGCUUCGAUCUGCGUAUCUUGCGUUAACCGCAGUUUACAUGAGUGCAAAACUGUGCUGGACUCGUUGAAGAGCCGUCGAGAGGUUUCAUACUCGAGACUGAGCAGCUUGCUUGUCACUAAGGAGAGAGCGAUUGUUCAGCAGUGUUGGAUGGAUCUGCACAACGAGAAGCUUGCUAAGUUGCGGGAUAAGCUCGAGCUACAAGUGGAGAAGUUACAGAAAAGCAAAAGCACGUUCCGGAGACUCUCUAGCAAUCUGAAAGAGAGAUUUGACAUUAUUGAAUCGACUAAUGUUGCUUUGGAGAAGAGCCGUGUUCGACAAUUAGAGAACCAAUAUUCAGAUAGUAUUGGCAAUCACUACUUAGUAUAUAUCGAGCUUACUUCAGAACGUCUUUAUAAACAGGCUUUGGUUAUGAAACAGAUAUGCAAGUUAUUCCCUCUUUCCAAGGUCACGGUAGAGGGAAAUAACAAAUAUGGGAGUGGUGGACAAUAUGAUCAAAUCUGUAAUGCUAUCCUACCACAAGGUCUCAAUCCACUCUCUGUUCCGCCAAAAGAGCUGGCAGCCUCUUUAGGGUACAUGGUGCAGCUUCUGAAUCUUGUUGUCCAUAAGCUCGCAGUGCCUGCACUCCAUAACUUGGGUUUUGGGGGUUCUUGUUCAAGAAUAUGGCAACGAGAUUCGUAUUGGAAUUCUCAUCCAUCUUCUCCAAGCGAUGAGUAUCCCCUCUUUGUACCAUCCCAUGAUUACUUCUCAAUUGAAGGGAAAAGUUCCUGGACGGGUAGAGACACAACCAAUUUUGGUGUCACUUCCCUGAAAUCAGAUGGAAGUGUAGAAGAAGAUUACCAUGACCUCGACGUCGUCAACCUUUCCUCCGCCUCUCCUCAAUCUGUUGAAACGUUUAGGAAUGUGCAGAGAGGGAUCGCGCAUAUCAAGCAAAGCGUGGCUCACUUAACUGUGUAUGGAUACAGUUCCCUGUCUAUGGAAGUUCCUUCUGGAGCCUCGACUUUCGAAACAUUCGCAAAGUUGUUGAACACAUUAUCUUCGAUCAAGGAAGUUCAGUCUGCUCUUUCUCUUUGUUUUUCAAGUUCCAAUAAACAAAGACAUGAGCCGAACAAAUCAGUGUGGAAUCUGAAUUCCUCAAGCUCCAGCACCAUGCUGAACAGCUCUCAUAUUCAGCCAACGUCGUGGAACAACAAAAGCUAUUAUAAUGUUCCAAAUCGAGAUCCCAGCUCUAUUGACGAGUGGAAUUUGGUCGAGUAUCCUCACUUUUCACAUCAAGCUUUGAAGUUCAAUUUUUCCAACAAGUAUUGAACAUCAUCUCGAGUUUCAUUAAACUUCUUAUCCAUAGUCACAUGAAGCUUGGCCUUGUCAUCUUUUGUGGAAUUCUUGGGUUCUCAGGCAUUGCUAUCUACUUAGCGUCCAUAGCUUAUCUUGUCUUCCGGAGAAACAGAAAAGAACCCAGAUCGAUAAUAUAUUGUUCUUACCCAAAUGCAUCCUCAAUUCUAGGCAAGCCCUGGACCAAACAUAAAUGGUGUCUAUUGUGUUACUCUUGAGACCCUAUGUUGUAAUUAUUAUUGGGAUAAUUGGAUUUGAUUGACCGGUUUAAUUCUGGUUUGCAUUGGUUAAUUUUUCUUAUGCUAAAUCAUGUGUAUAUAUAAAGUUAUAAGUGUACAUUGUUUAUGGAUUAAGCAAUAACACACUUUUCCAACA